AUGGAGAAGUACGAGUGCAAGAAUUGCGGAUUGGUCAUCGUGGACAGUCAAAGCAAACCCAACAGCUUGUGGGCGCGACUCACAAGGGGCACAACACCUGUAUUGACACACGACAACACACAUAUGAGAAUUGACGACGUGGCUUUUUCACAAGUCAAUUUGGCCGGCAGUGCUGCUCCUCCCGACAGUACGGCAUCAGCCAGUCCUACUCCGGACAGCCCUGCCAGCUAUGGCGCCGCCAGCCACGAGGCGGCCAGCCAACAAGCGGACACUCCUGGGUCAGUGCCCGCGAUGCAGCAAGGCGACGUGAAAAUCACGACCCAGGUCCAGGCCAAACCAACCAUCACAUCUUCCUCGGCACAGCUGACUACCGUAGCUGUGCCGACGUCUCCGGCCACCAUUUCCAUCCACGCUCUCGGCGUCUCCGGUGGCACCUUCGGUCCAGUCUCCGCUGGCGCUGUCGGCGUCUCCGGUAGCUCCUUCCGACCAGUCUCCGGCGACCACUUCGAUCCAGUCUCCGGCGACCCCUUCGAUCCAGUCUCCGGCGACCCCUUCAAUCCAGUCUCCGACGACCCCUUCGAUCCAGUCUCCGGCGACCCCUUCGAUCCAGUCUCCGGCGACCCCUUCGAUCCAGUCUCCGGCGACCCCUUCGAUCCAGUCUCCGGCGACCACUUCGGUCCAGUCUCCGGCGACCCCUUCGAUCCAGUCUCCGGCGACCCCUUCAAUCCAGUCUCCGGCGACCCCUUCGAUCCAGUCUCCGGCGACCACUUCGGUCCAGUCUCCGGCGACCCCUUCGAUCCAGCCGCCGGUCGGCGGAAGGACGAGGAAACCUUCUUCACGCCGGCUUCGCUGGCCGACUCGGAGGAGGACCUGUCGUUGCCUGUGGAGGGGUCGGAGAUCGGAGCGAACAGCGGGAUAGAGGAAUUCUCGACUUCGCCGGAAACGGCACCGACCAACGCGUCAAGCGGCGACGGUCCGCGGGACUUGGAGCUUGAGGCGCCGCUCGACCCUGAGGGUGGAGAGCCGGAGCCGCUUUCGGAGCCCGUUAGACAAAUCAAUUUGAGGCCUUCUCAUCUAGACAGUGAACUGCCACACAACACCCCGACCCAGACACCGACGGCUCCUACACCGACACAGACUCCCGCCAGUGGAGUGCCGCCCCCCGACACGAAUGACCACCUAGCCCAAGCGGCUGCGUCUUUCAGAACUGAGCCGCCAGUUAUUGGAAGCAGCGCCUCUAUAACGCCGUCUACCGCUCCUAUUAAACAAGCGGCGGCCACCUGGAAACCCAUCGUGGUAUCGGUCACUCCGCAUAUUUCUGUCGGACCAUUGAGCGUGGCUGCUCCGCUCAGCAUCUCCUCCGGAAGCAUCAUACCCACGCCCGGGGACAUACCCACACCAGGCAGCCUCGCCUCACUGCUCGACUCCAGCAUAGGCUCUCCAGUCCACAUCCAGCAUCGCCCACAAACAAAUCACGAGUCCAAAAACAUUGAUCGCGACGAGGAGCUGGAAACUCCAUCCCAAGACGCUGCGGACGAGCUCGACUCCGGUGCUUCGUCUGUAUCUGUUCCCUACAGCAGCGACUCCGCGGAAAGCCGCUAUGCAACCAUGCUCAAGGACGAAGGGCCGGCCCCAGUGACCCUGGUCCAAAGGGUGAGGGACGCGUUCGGCUCUGCCCUCGGCCUGAAGAAAAAGAACAGCUUGGACGAGUCUAAGGCCACGGAGUCUAAGGCCACGGAGUCUAAGGCCACGGAGUCUAAGGCCACGGAGUCUAAGGCCACGGAGUCUAAGGCCACGGAGUCUAAGGCCACGGAGUCUAAGGCCACGGAGUCUGAGGCCACGGAGUCUAAGGCCUCGGAGCCUAAGGCUAGGAGAUCCAACACUGGGGAGUCCAAGGCCCCCGCGUCUAGCGUCGCGGAGAAGGACAAGAGCGACGACAGAGCGGAGGCAAAGGGAAAGAGGAAGAGAAGAAGGAAGCCGGCUCGGUCGGAGGGGUGGGGCGGCAGCCGAGCCGUCAAGUCUGUGCCGGCCACGGCCUCCUCGGCCUCGCCGCGAGACUUCGCGUCCCCCGACUUGGCAACGUCGGCACGGAUGACCACAGUCCCGUCGCUGGCGACAGCGAAGAAGAGUCGGGAGCGGCAGAGUCGGGAGCGACAGAGUGGGGAUCCGCAGAAGAGUCGACAGGCGGCACCGGACUACAACCCCUUCGUAGCAGCCAUGUCCUUCGCCGAGGACGUCCGUCGCGAAGUGGCUGUCCGGGCCCGCCUUUCUGAACCCAAUUUGCUGGCACCCCCGGCGCUGGCCCGACGGGGCCGGGCGGCCGCCCCGCGGAUGACCGCGGAGGCUGAGCCAGUGGCUAGCGGCACCUGGGCCGACCAGUCCGCCGCCGGGUGCUCUUCAGCCGGCUCGCCCUUUACGGUCACUCCCGAUGACGUGCUGCAAACCCCCAGCCCCAUCCCGCUCGAGGUCCAGUGGGCGGAAGAAGACAACGAGGACCUGAUCAUUUCCAGGAACCCCGUCCAGGCGUUCGUCGACGUCAUGGAACUCAUAUUGGGCACCAGACCCAUGCCCUACGACCUGACCCCUCGGUCCGUCUAA